UACCCACUUCUUUCUCACUCUCUCAUCAUCAUCAUCAUCAUAUAAAGUUAUAAACUUCACACCAAAUAUUUCAUUUCUUUUUGUGCUCUCUCUCUUUCUCUCAUUGAUCUCUCCCAUUUAUAUAUUUCUUCCUUUUCUUUUUGGGUUUUCAUUGUUUUUAAGAGUGAAAGAGAAAAGAAAUGGGAAGAAAGUGCUCACAUUGUGGAAACAUAGGUCACAAUUCAAGGACUUGCUCAAACAUUAGAGGUUCAAUAAUAACACCUAAUUUGAAUGUUGCUAAUACUUGUGGUUUAGUUAGGCUUUUUGGAGUUCAUCUUGAUUCUUAUUCUUCUUCUUCAACUUCUUCUUCAACUACUUCUUCUUCUUCAAAUGCUUCUUAUUCUUCAAGUACUGCUUCUGCUUUUUCCAUUAAGAAAAGCUUUAGUACCGAUUGCUUGUCGUCGUCGUCCACUUCUUCUUCUCGAAUUCAUAUUGAUAAUCAUCAUCAUCAUCAUCUUGAACAUUAUUCUAAAUCUCCCAGUAAUGGUUAUCUCUCUGAUGGCCUUCUCAAUGGAGACCAGGAAAGGAAGAAAGGGGUUCCAUGGACAGAAGAAGAGCAUAGAAAAUUUCUAAUUGGACUUGAAAAGCUUGGAAGAGGAGAUUGGAGAGGAAUUUCGAAGAACUACGUAACCACUAGAACUCCAACGCAAGUCGCUAGUCAUGCUCAAAAGUAUUUCCUUAGACAGUCUACUCUCAACAAAAAGAAUAGACGCUCUAGUCUCUUUGACAUGGUUGGGACAGCAUAUGAAACAACAACAAUAGCACUUUCUCAAUGUUUGAAGAUAUCAACAAAUUCUCAAAAUGAUGAUGAUCAUAAUAAUCAUAUUAUUAUUGAUCAUUUCAAUAAGAAGGAGGUGAUGAUGAGUAGUAAUAUUACAACUACUUUUGCAAGUUCUUCCCAACAAUUACCUUACAAUAAUAAUAAUAAUAAUAAUAUGGAAGUAAUUAACAACAAAAACAAUAAUAAUAAUAAUCAAAUCUCUUCUUCUUCUUCUUCUUCUUCUUCUUCACUUUGGGUUUAUGGUUUGAUUAAUUCGCACCUUAAAUCACCUCCUAACUUAUAUAAUAAUUAUUCCAAGUACUCUACCCCUCCAAAAUAUCCUAUUAUUUCUUCUUCUUCUUCUUCAAAUGAUCAUCAACCUCAUCUUGAGCUCACUUUGGCUUCUCCAAUGGCUUCCAACUUAGAAUUGGAACAAAACAAAAACCCACCAACUAUUAGUGUUACCUAAAUUAUUGUUGUUAAUUAAGAUUAUAAAUUUCUAUAUAUUUUUCCCUCUCCCCUUUUUCCUUGGAAGAAAAAGAAAGAAAGAAAUAAGAAAUAUCAUUAUUAUUAUUGUUGUUGAUGAUGAUGAAUUAUAUUAUAUUAAUUACAAGUUCUCUUUUUGUUUUGGUUAGAAAUUUUUGUGUUAUAUAUAUAUUUGUCUUUAUGGAUGAUGGCUCAAUUGUAGCUGCUACAAAGUUUAUUUGUAAGAAUAAUAAUAAUUGAUGUUAUGAGGAUAUCAAUUACAACUCACUUUUUUUUGUGAGAGAUCUUUCAUAUCA